GCCCGCCGGGACCUUGAGAGGUCACCGGCCGCCGCCCCCGCCUCCAGUCCCCCCGAGGUCUGACGCAGCCCCCUGCCUCGCUGCGUCUUUCCUGUUCUCACGACCUGGAAGCGGACACAGGGGCGGGGACGCGAGUGGGCUCGAGCUCUGCGCCGCAGCACGCGGAGGGGCCGUGGGAGCCGAGGGGAGCGGGCGGCGCUUACACCGGCUUCUCCCGCACACACGUCCUCCAGGCUCCUUCCAAGGGAGCUGGCCCUUUCCCAGGCCUUCCAGUUGCAGUUGUGUUUGGGGGUUGGGGGUGCCCUGGGAUCCCCUGGGCGGGGCAGCAAGAAGGGGCUCUGCACUGGGAGGGCUGCCUGGGGGAGGUGCGGGAGGGCCAGAUUUGGGGACAGCCCAGACGACUGGGGCAUCCCUAGGCCAGGUGGACAGCUCCUCCUUCCCCCCUCUCCAGGCAGGAGAGGAGGUGGGUGACGGAGUCUGGGUUUUAUUGGUGUCCGCGGGACCUACUCCCUGGUCUUCAGGAGAGAGAUGCCCAGGGUGGGGCGAUUAGGAAGUAGGAACCCUGUGUUCUGGUGCCAGCUCCGCUCCGACCUGUGGACCACUCUGGGCGGACAUGUCCAUGCCCUGCACCUGGGCUUCCCUCUGACACCAUCUCAAGGAGCUGGAGAGGGAGAGGAGAGAAAUGAAAUUGAAACUGGAGGUCUUUUUUUAGAAACACGGGGCUGCCCAGAGUUGAAGGAGCAGCAUCUGGUUUAAAAUGAUUGUGGUCCAGAAGCGCCUGGUUGGCUCAGUCUUUCGAGCACGGGACUCAGGGUCAUGAGUUCAAGCCCCACAUUGGGCACGGAGCCUACUUUAAAAAAAAAUAAAUAAAGUGUAAAGUGACUGUGUUGCACCAUUUACCUGCCUUCCACCCCUUGUGGUAAGGGGAUGCUGAAGGUGACUGAACCCCGGAGGUCAACAGUAUCACCUUUCUUUUUUUUUUUAAUUAAUUAAUGUAUUUAUUAGAGAGGGAGAAAGAGAGCGGGGAGGGCAGAGGGAGAGUGAAAAUUUUGAGCAGACUCCCUGCUGAGCUGAGCUGAGCACGGAGCCCUACUCUGGGCUUGAUCCCAUGACCCACAGGAUGACGACCUGAUCCGACAUCAUGAGUCAGGCCCUCAACUGACUGAGCCACCCAGGUGCCCCAACAGUAUCACCCUCUGAGCCCAAACACUUAUGGUGCGACACUCAGUCGCUUGGGCUGUUAUCCCUUGGGUGCUGGGUGGGCAUUAUUUUCCUGGCCCCAAUACUGCAUGCAUUGUACUUGGCAUGUUAGGAAGCAGGGCCCCACAGCUCCCAGGUGCUAGGGGUGGGUUCGGUGCCGGGCCUGGGAGACAGCUGUGCCACUGCGCUGGCUCUGCUCCCCCUGUGCUCUGGCCCCCUCUUCUCCGCCCCUCCUCCCACAGCGCCACCCGCUGGAGCCUAGAAUCACUGGUCCAGGUGAAGCCGCGUGUUCCUACUUCUGGAGGGGCCCCCGCACAGGACCAGUGACCCAGUUUGAAUGUCAACCCCGUCUUUUAUCAGCCAAAUGACUUCGCUAAUUGGGACCCCACCUCCCCAUCAUAAAGGGGAUCACACUGAGCCCUUGUGGUUUGGGGGAGGAUUCUACGAGGAAUGCGGGUGUUCUCCAUCGCCGUCUUUGGGCCCAUCGUCAACGAGGGCUACGUGAACACCGACAGCGGGCCCGAGCUGCGCUGCGUCUUCAACGGGAACGCGGGCGCCUGCCGCUUCGGCGUCGCGCUCGGCCUCGGGGCUUUCCUUGCCUGCGCCGCCUUCCUCCUGCUCGACGUGCGCUUCCAGCAGAUCAGCAGCGUCCGCGACCGCCGCCGCGCGGUGCUGCUUGACCUGGGCUUCUCAGGGCUCUGGUCCUUCCUGUGGUUCGUGGGCUUCUGCUUCCUCACCAACCAGUGGCAGCGCACGGCGCCCGGGCCCAGCACGCUGCAGGCGGGAGACGCGGCGCGGGCCGCCAUCGCCUUCAGCUUCUUCUCCAUCCUCAGCUGGGUGGCGCUCACUGUGAAGGCCCUGCAGCGGUUCCGCCUGGGCACGGACAUGUCACUCUUUGCCACGGAGCAGCUGGGCACCGGGGCGGGUCAAGCCUACCCCGGCUACCCGGUGGGCAGCGGCGUGGAGGGGACGGAGACCUACCAGAGCCCUCCCUUCACCGAGACUCUGGACACCAGCCCCAAGGGGUACCAGGUGCCUGCCUACUAGUGGCCGGCAGGCCCCCACCAGGGUUCCACGGCUGCCACCAAGCCAGGGUCCAGGGUUUCCCGGGACCCCCCUCAGGUCCUCCUGGCCUAGCGCCAGGGACAGAGAGGGUGGCGCCACUGAGGGCCGUCUGGGGCCAAGAGAGGGUAGCCCCCAGGGUGCCUAGGCUGCCCCCCACCCCAUGUUCCCCCUGUCCCUUUAGUCGCUGACCCCAGGCCUGAGGUCGGGAUGUGCAACCCUGGACAUGUGUCCUCCAGCCUAGUGGAUCAGCCUGGGAGGGGGCCGUUUCCCUGGUGAGCCAGCUAGCCUGUGGCUCACCUGUCCACCCUGGGGUUAGGGGUCUCGCUGCCCUCCGUAGCUAGGGUGGGGGCUGGCCCCGGGAGCACCGGCACUGUUCCCACCCCAUGUCCCCCAGGGCCGUGACCGUCCCUGCUCAUGUUGUGGCGGUUCACCCCGUGGGGCUGUGUGCACACUGUCCAGAGCCUCCAAGCGUUUGCUGUCACAGGCUCACUAGAGUAGCCUGGUCCCGUUGAUGUUGUGAUUGUGGUCAGGUCUUCGGGCUUCACCUCAUAGUUCCCUGCAAGCAGCCCCGCUGUCCGUGGCCCCUGCUCCUGUCCUGACUUGCCUAGGCCCAGGAGCCUGCCCGGGUGUGGGCACUUUUGGCUAGGAAGGCACAACAUGGCUGCAUACAGGCCUGGGCACCAGCCCUCUCCACCCCAGCAAGAAGGUCUUGUCCAAGGGAGGCUUAGGACACCUGGGGGCCUGGCAAAACAGGCCCCUCACAAGGAAGGAGGCCUGAGGUUGCACAUGCCCACCAUGCCCUGGACAUGGCCCAUCUGUGCAAUCCCUUUUUCCCUUGGCUUCCUGGACCAGCCCCUCAGCACCCUGCCCUGCACUCCGUUUUAAGGUGCAGCCUGAGGUUGGGGUCCCUCUGUAUAGCUGACUACUCAUGCAUUGCUCAAAGCUGGCUUUUCACAUUCUGUCAAUACCAAAUGCGGUUGCCACCUUCCAUUCUCGCAGACAGGCACCUCCCUGUGGAGUUGCAGUUGGGUGACAACCCUGUACAUUGUAGCAUAGAUCAAUUCUGUGUGGGUAUUUAAGUGAACAUGUUUACAAUUUUUGUAUAUAUGGAUCUUUCUCUCCCUCUUCUGAAAGAGCAAUCCGUGAUUGUGUAUCUUCAGUGUCCCAUGUUUCAACUGCAACUUCUUUACAAUAAAAGACUGUAAGUGAGUUUA